CACCGUAAUAUGAAGUCAAUAUUUGCAUACAGAGUUGAGUCAUGCAAUGAUCAUAAAAGCCCAAAACUGUUUAAAAAAGAAAGCAUUGAAGAGCAAUAAGCCCCACAAUGUCCUAUCAUCAAUGCAGAUUGCAGAAAAGCCUCAUUUUUGCACAACCAUACAAGCAAACUAACCCCAUCUAGGUGUCUUCAACAUUGAAAAAUGGGGAAGAGCUGGCUCCUCCUGGCUUUUAUACUUUGGCAGAUAAUUCCAAAUGAAGCGGCCAUCGCUGUGGGCGGUGGUGUUGGCAUUGGCAUCGGUAAUGCAGGGGGUGUUGGUGGCGGAGGUGUUUGGAUUGGUGGAGGAAUCGGCAGCAACACCCCAACUCCUUCAGUCCCUUCAGUGUCAAAGCUGAGCAGUGCUUACACUGCUCUCCAAGCAUGGAAGUCUGCAAUCGCUGAUGACCCAAUGCGGAUUUUGGAGACUUGGGUUGGCUCAGAUGUGUGUUCUUAUAAAGGGGUGUUUUGUGCAGAUCCCCAAGGUGGUGUGGCUUCUGAACCAUUCGUUGCUGGCAUAGAUCUCAACCAUGCAAAUCUACUAGGCACUCUAGUUAGUGAACUCUCUGUUCUCACUGAUAUUUCGAUCCUUCACCUUAACAGCAACAGGUUCUCAGGCACAGUUCCCGACAGUUUCAGAGAACUUUCAUCACUUCAAGAGUUGGAUCUCAGUAACAAUCGUUUGUCAGGUCCUUUCCCUACAGUCACUUUAUACAUGCCAAAUCUUGUUUAUUUGGACCUUAGGUUCAACAGCUUCUCGGGUCCUGUCCCUCAAGAUCUAUUCAACAAAGGACUCGAUGCAAUCUUCCUCAACGACAACCAAUUCGAGGGUGAAAUCCCUCAAAAUCUGGGAAAUUCACCAGCUUCUGUGAUAAACUUGGCUAACAACAAAUUCAGUGGGAACAUCCCAUCUAGUUUUGGCCUCUUGAGUUCAAAAUUGAAGGAGAUUUUGCUUCUUAACAACAAGUUAACAGGUUGUAUUCCAGAAGGAAUUGGGCUUUUCUCAGAGAUGCAAGUCUUCGAUGUGAGCCACAACUCGCUGAUGGGUCAUUUGCCAGACACAGUAUCUUGCCUAAAUGACAUUGAGGUUCUCAAUUUGGCACACAACCAGUUAUCUGGUGAGCUACCUGACUUGGUUUGUUCCUUAAGGAGCCUCAUGAAUUUGACAGUUGCCUACAAUUUCUUCUCUGGGUUCAGCCAAGAAUGCUCCAAAUUAUUCAUCAGAAAUGGCGGUUUUGAUUUCUCCCUCAAUUGCAUCCCUGGUAGAGACAUGCAAAGACCACAACCAGAGUGCUCUGGAAUCCCAGGAAGUGGGCUGAGUUGUCUGAGAAUUCCUUCGGCACAGCCUCUUGUUUGCGGGACAUUGCUAGGGAACUUGGAGGCUAAUCUAACCUCAUCAUCAUCUCCAUGAAUCUCAUUACAAACCAAGUUACUGUCGUUCCACAACAGGUUGGUGAUGGUUAUCAAAUUGUCCCAUUCGUUUCUUCAUGGAUUUCAGUCACAUCUUUGUUAUAUGAUAUUAUAUGUCUUUGAAUGGGUAAGAUAUGCUGAGGUAAUUGAGAAAGCCAGAAAGGGAUUGUAAAGAUUAUAAAUAGAAUAUUCAGGUAGAACUGAAAUACUUGUAUAAUCGGAUCUUGACUAUCCAAAUGAAAAAGGAAAAAAAAUCCGAUUAAAAAGACAGUAUUUCGUUUGUCUCAUUUCUUGUCCGUCUCAUUUGCCGUAUUCUGAUUUUCUGUGCAACUGCAGUUAGGCUCGCUUGUGAAUCUAAA